CCGUCGGGCUUUGUCAGACCCCUUCAGCCUCCGCCGCCGGUAGCUGCUCUGCCACCAGCUCUAGUGCCACCUCGGGCCGGCGGCUCGGCGCGGCUCCUCCAGCUGGGCAGGAGGCGGCUGAACGGGGGCGGAGGUUGGGGGGAAGGCAUCGAAGCCGUCGAAUUCCGCUCAUCUUGAGCAUCUCCAUGGGGUCUGCCCACUCCGUCCAUGCCCUUUAAGAGAACGUCCAGUGCAACGGCUGCACCGAAGGCACAAUCGUAGCCUUGUAUUUAACAGGACUUUGUCUUCCUGGAGAACCACCUUCGGUGUAAAGCUGGAAAUAGCUUGUCUUUAAAUUCCAUCUCUUAGUUUUCCAUUUUGUUGCACUUUAGAGGAACACCAAGAAACCAUGAACAACUUUAGCAAUGACGAAUUUAACUUCAGUUUCCUUGAUGAGGGCUUUACUGCUAAGGACAUUCUGGACCAGAAAAUUAAUGAAGUUUCUUCUUCUGAUGAUAAGGAUGCCUUCUAUGUUGCUGACCUUGGUGACAUCCUAAAGAAACAUCUGCGAUGGUACAAAGCUCUUCCUCGAGUAACUCCUUUUUAUGCUGUUAAAUGUAAUGACAGCAGAGCUGUAGUGAAGACACUUGCUGCUUUAGGAGCAGGAUUUGAUUGUGCUAGCAAGACUGAAAUACAAUUAGUACAAAGUCUUGGGGUACCUCCAGAAAGGAUAAUAUAUGCAAAUCCAUGCAAACAGGUGUCACAAAUUAAGUAUGCUGCCAACAAUGGAGUACAAAUGAUGACUUUUGAUAGUGAAGUAGAGCUAAUGAAAGUUGCCAGAGCUCAUCCAAAGGCAAAGCUGGUUUUGAGGAUUGCCACUGAUGACUCCAAAGCUGUCUGUCGUCUUAGUGUUAAAUUUGGUGCCACUCUCAAAAUUUGUAGGCUACUCCUUGAGCGAGCAAAGGAACUGAAUAUUGAUGUUAUUGGAGUCAGUUUCCAUGUGGGAAGUGGUUGUACUGAUCCAGAAACCUUUGUCCAAGCAGUUUCUGAUGCCCGAUGUGUCUUUGACAUGGGGGUGGAGUUUGGUUUCAACAUGUAUCUUCUUGAUAUUGGUGGUGGCUUUCCUGGCUCUGAAGAUGUAAAGCUUAAGUUUGAAGAGAUCUCAAGUGUAAUCAAUCCAGCAUUGGACAAGUAUUUUCCUUCUGACUCUGGAGUGAGAAUUAUAGCUGAACCAGGCAGAUACUAUGUUGCAUCAGCUUUCACACUUGCAGUUAACAUCAUUGCCAAAAAACUUGUAUUAAAGGAACAGACAGGUUCUGAUGAUGAAGAUGAGGCAAAUGACCAAACCUUUAUGUACUAUGUAAAUGAUGGAGUAUAUGGAUCAUUUAAUUGCAUCCUAUUUGAUCAUGCUCAUGUUAAACCUAUUCUACAAAAGAGACCCAAACCAGAUGAGAAGUAUUACUCUUGUAGCAUAUGGGGACCAACAUGUGAUGGCCUUGAUCGAAUUGUUGAACGCUGUGAUUUGCCAGAAAUGCAUGUAGGAGAUUGGAUGCUGUUUGAAAACAUGGGCGCUUAUACUGUUGCUGCUGCUUCUACUUUCAAUGGAUUCCAGACACCUACUAUCUAUUAUGUGAUGUCUGGGCCAGCAUGGCAAUGCAUGCAACAAAUCAAGAACCAAGGUUUUCCGGCAGAAGUAGAGGAUCAGGAUAUCAACACUUUGCCAUUAUCUUGUGCUUGGGAAAGUGGAAUGGAACAUCACUCAACAACUUGUACUUCAGCUAGUAUUAAUGUAUAGAUGCUGUUUGUAGGCAUUAAUUGCAAGUUUAGCUUGAAUUAGAGCAUUUUGGGGGACCAUUAACUUAAUUCCUGCUAGAGUUAUUAAAUGUUUUAAGAAUAGGGUUGGCACAAAUGCAACAAUAUGGAAGACUAAGAGAUGGGGUCACACUUAUCUGUGUUCCUAUGGAAACUAUUUGAAUAUUUGUUUUAUAUGGAUUUUUAUUCACUUUUCAAAUAUGCUUCUAAAGAUUGCCCCUCAGCUGCUAAGCAAGCAUUUGUAGCUUGUACAGUGGCAGAAUGGGAUUGAGCUUAGUGUUGUGACCUGUUUUAAAAUAAAAAUAUAUUGAAAUAAUUAGGUAUCGGAAAUUCUUAUGAUCAUUAAAAACUGGUUUGCAUAUAAUGCCAUUAAGACAAGUAACCAUAAAUACAUAGAGUGAAUUCAAUUUCUUCAAUUAAAGGUUUCAGCCAAGGAUUUCUUUUCUCUGGGGGGUAGGGGGUAGUGGAGGCGUAUAUAUUUUGAACUCCCAUUGUAAUAUCUGUCAAGAUCUUAGGCAUUUCUAUUUUGAAGUCCUGUACUUAAGAUGCAAAAGAUGUCAGAAUGAGUUCAAUUUCUGUCCUGCUAGGAAAGAAGGCUAUCAGGUAGAAGGACUGAGAUAUAAUCAAUUGAAAUUCUAAAACUUCAAGGCUUUUCUGCUGCCAAAUAGUCAUUACUUGUAACUAUAAAGGUCAAAAUGAUGACCUAAGUCAGUUGGCUGUUAUCUAAUGGCUAUUUAAUGUCCUUGCAUACUUAAUUGUUGAGGUAAUGGUUAAAUAGUAAUGGUUGAGGUAAUAGUUAAUAAGGUAAUUUGAGUCAAGGCAAAAAGAUGCAUGAUGACUUAUGUCAUUUGCCUGCUUAGACCUUAAACUCUUAUUUCUUCCCCUCCUCCAUUCUCCCCAUCUUUGCUACUGGGACAACGUACAGUUGCAAAUUGAAUUAGGAAUGUAAAAUGUUUGUCAAUAGUGACAACUUAAUAAAUUCAACAGCAAUAA